GGUUGCAUGAAAAUUUAGCAAAGGAAUAAAGAGGGAAAAGGUCCCAACCUAAAGAAUACGAUAAGACAACUAUUUUCGACUUCUGAUUUUUUUUCUUUUUGUAAGAAUAAAAAACAUUUUCACAAGCCUCUGUAGCUGAAGCACAAAGCAAAAGCAUUUGGUAGUCGUAACCAAAACGCCAAAUCAUUACCGUUCAACUGAAAUCUAACAGAGAGCCCUCUUUUCUUGGGAAUUCGAUUCCUUGUACGUUAUCUUCUUCUUCUUCUUCUCUUUCUCAAAAUUCGUGUAUCUUCUGGGAAAUUUUCAGAUUUAGAUGGAGAAAGGGGUUGGAUUUGAGAAAGACAUGAAGACAGUCAGUGAUGGGUUUGUCGGAGGUUUUUUCCCUGUCUCUACCACCAAGAUCGCGUGGAAAUCAAGAAAAAGAUCAGGUUUUUUCCACUGUUUCUUGUUUUCUCAGACCAUUAAAGAUUCUAGACCUUUAUUAGCUACCCUUUCUAUUUCUGGUCUGAAAGAUUUGGAAUUUUUUUUAAGCAUCAAUUGUUUUAGCUCUAUGUGAACUAUUUCCUCGAGAUCUAGACAUGGAGCUUUAGUCUUCUUCUCUCUGUCUUAAGCUUCAUUGUUGAACCUAGACAAAGCACCGGAGGCUGUUACGGAGGUCACACCAGAGAAGAACGAGAUAACAGCAAUGGAUACCGAGAAAGUUGGGGAACCAAUGACCACAACUCCUCUUCUGUCCGAGAAAAGGAAAGCUCUGUUCGAGCCACUUGAACCCAUUACGAACUUGAACGGAAAGCGACCAACUGCGGCUGAUUCAUUGUUGCCACCGCCGGAUUUCGAGACUGCAAACUACCCAAAAGGCUGGUUGAUCGGUAAGAAGAGGAAGCUUGUGAAUGUUGAUGUAGUUGAGAGCAUGCGUAGAAUAGCUGUCCAAGAAAUGAACAGAAAGGAUCGAGAGAUAGAUGGGUUAAACGAGCAGCUAGAAGAGGAUUCACGGUGCUUAGAGCAUCUACAGCUUCAGCUGCUACAAGAGAGAAGCAAGAGAACAGAGAUUGAAAGAGAGAACACAAUGUUGAAAGAGCAAGUUGAUAUGCUUGUGAACAUGAUACAAGAAGAUGACGAAGAAGGAGCUGAAGAACCCUAAGCUAGUUCUCAUCAAAUUUAUGUCUCACCUAUAAUAGCUGUGUUCUGUUUUUUUUAUUCUUUUGUAGAUUUGUCUCGUCCACAAAAAAGAAGAAAAGAAAGAAGCUUAACCAUCUAUUAUUUGGUUAAGCUACUCUUGUUCCCUUGUGUGAUAGAACAAAACAUAAUCAAGAACAUUAUAUAUUCUAAGUUAUGAGUUCUCCUGCAAGAUUUGAACCUGGCAUUUGAUUGAAUCGAUUAUGUUCAUUGAAGCUCUUAGGAGGAAAAAGAACCAUUUGGUGUGUGUGUGUGUGUGUGUAUCUUUCUUCAGCAAGAAACAGAGGCAAAAUAAAUACAAGUUUCAGAAA